UCACGUGUGACUGCGUGAGGAGCUGAGCAGCGUGUGCAGACCUGCAGCAGGGCAGCAGUUAAAAGCAGAGGCUGCAGCAGCUGAAGGAGUUUUAACACUGAUCAGGGAUCAGGCGACAUGAGGAGCAGCUGGAUUUCACUCUGGGCGGUUGUGGCUGCAGUGUGUGGCGUUCAGGCGACUUAUACGUUCUACUCAACAGCUCGAUGUGACUGCAACGGCCGCUCCAGGAACUGCCUCCGGGACGCGUUGGGCCUCCACUGUGUCGACUGCCAGGGAAACACCGAGGGCCGGCACUGCGAGCGCUGCAGGGACGGCUUCUACCUGGAGGGGGCGGGACCAAGCUGCAUGCCCUGCCGCUGCAACCACACAGGCUCCACCAGUGCUACAUGUGACAGCAGGGGGCACUGCAGCUGUAAAGACGGGGUCACAGGGGAGAAAUGUGACCGCUGCCCUGAGGGAGAAAUCGGACCCAGUGGCUGCUUGUUAAGACGUGAGCCCAGGCAGGACCAGUCCAGCUGUUUCUGUUACGGCCACAGCAGCCAGUGUUCUCCACAGUCCAGUUACUCCAUCCACAACAUCAGCUCCACCUUCACCAGUGGUCCAGACGGCUGGAAGGUAGCGACAGCUGAGGGCGUCACCCCACAAGACGUUAACUUCCGCUGGUCGCCAGCUUACCAGGACCUGGAGGUGAUCUCCAAAAACAUCCUUCCGGUGUACCUGUAUGCCCCGGCUCCUUACCUUGGUAAUCAGUUGCUGAGCUACGGUCAGAACUUCUCCUUCUCGUUGCGCCUGGAUCGUGGCGUUCGACACCCGUCCAUCAACGACGUGAUCCUGGAAGGUGCUGGUCUGAAGGUCUCGGCUUCAUUGGGCGACUUGAGGUUCAUCGUCCCCUGUGGAAAGAAAAUCACCUAUGUCUUCAGACUGGACGAGAAGCCUGACAGCAGGUGGAGGCCUCCGCUCUCCUCCAUCCAGUUCCAAACGCUUCUGCAGAACAUCACCGCUGUUAAGAUUCGGGCAACAUUUGGUGAAAAUGGACGUGGUUACCUUGACAAUGUGCAGCUGGUGUCAGCUCAGCAUGGAAACGGGGUCCCGGCCCGCUGGGUUCAGACCUGCAGCUGCCCUCUGGGAUACGAGGGAGAUUUCUGUGAGCGCUGCUCAGAGGGCUUCAGGCGCAGGAGCCCUGCAGACGGAGCCUUCAGCCCCUGUGAGCUGUGCAGGUGCAGGGGAGGCAGCUGUGACCCGCAGACCGGAGACUGUUACUCUGCUGAUGAGACUCCUGGAGUGUCUCAUCAGCAGAGCUGCUCCCAGGGCUAUUACCAGGACCCCUGGCAGCCUCAGAACUGUGUGAAGUGCCCCUGUCCAGAGGGAGUGCCCUGCUCGGUGGCACCUGGUUCACUGGUGCCGCGAUGCGACCGCUGCCCACCAGGAAUCACUGGCUCUCGGUGUGACGUCUGUAAGGAGGGGUUUUAUGGCGACCCCUCAGGAAACGGCGGCGUGCCACGACCCUGCCGGCCCUGCCAGUGUAACGGCCACAUCGAUGCUAGCGUGGCGGGAAGCUGCGAUCGCAGCAGCGGCGAAUGUCUGCAGUGUGUGAACAACACCAGGGGACGACACUGCGAGGCCUGUGUCAGGGGAUUCUACCACAGACAAGCGACUGACGCCUGCAAACCGUGUAACUGUGACGUUCUGGGCUCUGAGUCUGGACAGUGUGAUGCUUCUGGUCACUGUCAGUGCAGACCAGGUUUCCAGGGCCCGAGGUGUCAACGAUCCAACUGCCCCAGCUGUUUCAGCCCCAUCAAGGCCAAGAUGGAGGCUUAUGCUUCGAAACUGAAGCAGCUGGAGCGUCUGCUCUCAAAUGCGGCAGAAAGCACGAGACCAGCCAACAGUGCUGAGCUGGAGGCUGCGCUGAGGGAAGCCGAGAAGCUGGUGGACAACCUGCAGGACAGCACCGAGCAGCUCAAAGCAGAGAUGGAGAUGAGUCUGCAGACACGUCUGUCGUCCAUCAGCCAGAGACAGCUGGACAAAGGUCAGGACAUUCAAAGCGUUGCACAAACAGUUGACGACAUCAAGCAGCAACAGAAAACAUACAACACAAAGGUGAAGGAGGUGCAGACGCUGAUGGAGGAGAUGAAACUACAACUGGAAGAGGCCAAGUUCAAACUCAGAUCAGCUGAGGUUCCCCUCGGAGAUGCCCCGCAGGGUCCAGACCUGCUCUCUUCAUUGGUUCAGACAGCUUCCAGUCUGGCUGAGAAGCAUCAGACGAAGGCAGACACUGUGGAGCGAACGGCCAAUGAGGCUCUGAGUGACUCAGAGAAAGGUCUGGCUCUGGUUCGGACCCUCAUGAACAAAGAGAACCAAGUCAAGGAGCUGAUUGGAGACCUGAAAACCACGUACGACCAGACCUCGGCUCAGGUGAAGGGUUUGGAGAAGCAGGCCACGCUUGUGAGCAGUGAGGCCAAAGGCGAGAGCAGAAUGGCAGAAAACAUGUUGAAGGACCUGGUCAGCAUGGAGCGCAGCCUUCCCUCAGCUCUGACGGACACGGCUGGGGGAAUGGCAGCCAGACUGGACGGUCUAAAGGACGCGGUGGAGGAAAACACCGCAGGCUUCAAGAGGCUUCAAGGCGGUGUGCAGGACAACAGGGCCGCCGUCCGGGACUGGCUGGAGAAGGGCAAAGGUGCCCAGCAGGACUUCAACAAGCUGCUGGACAGAGUCAGCGUUGCCAAGGCAACGACUGAUGGCGCGCUGCAAAGCAUCAACAGCAAUGCCAAGGAGCUGGAGGACGCCCUGGACGCGCUGAGAGGGUUCGACCAGCAGCUCGAUGACAGCAGAGCGCUGGCCGCCGCCGCCAUCGAGCGCCUUCCUGGCAUCAGUGGCACCAUCCAGCAGGCUGCCAGCAGCAACGCUGCCACUAAGUCCAUUCUCCAGAAUGUGUCUGGGAGCUUCAGUAGCGCUCAGGGACUCAUCCCUCAGCUGGAGGGCGCCGUCAACAGUCUGCAGCAAACAAUAGGAGCUUUACCAUCUUAUGCUGGUUUGGUGAAUGACGCCACCAAACUGAAUGAGGAGUCAAAGGCUCUGAAGGCAAAGACGGGCGACACAGACACAACGCUGAAGGGAAAGCUGGCCGAAGCCAGGACGCAGGAGGCGGCAGCUGAGCUGGCCGCUGCCGGAGCAACCGCCGCUUUCAGCAACGCCAAACACACCAGAGACGCUGUGGGAAAAACCCUACGAGACAUCAACGCUCUGCUCGCUGACAUGAACCAGCCUGGUGUUGUGGAUGAACAGUAUGUGAAGCAGCUGGAGGACUCUCUGGCCAGCGCUCAGAGGGAAGUGGAGCUCAAUCUGAAUCCUCGGUUUAGGGACAUGGAGGAGCUGGAGGCCGCCAUGCUCCAUCGGCUCGUUAACAUCAACGCAGACAUCGACACCGUUGUGGAAGACAUUGCCAACCUGGAGCACAUCCUGAGGACCGUCCCCAACGGCUGCUUCAACAACCCGCCCAUCGAACAGGCCUGAUGCUCACACCUGCUGAAGGUCCAGAAGCCUCUUUGGCAUUUAUUUGAAAUCUGAAAACAAAUCUGAUUAUUCCUGCAUCGUUGCACUGAUAAUUUUAACUCUGCUACAGUCACUUGUUUUUUGUUGAACUGCUGUCAGUGGAUGGAUAGUGAGGAAAAACGAAUCCAUGUGUGGACCUAACGUCUUUCUAUUUAUAGCUGUACAGACACGUUUUUACUCAUUGGAUGGUUUUUGUUUUUAAUGUGUCGACAGAAAUAAAACCUGCUCAUUUUGUUGCCUGA